AUGGUGCACUCUAAAGUAGUUAUUAUCGGCUCCGGCCCUGGUGCGCACACUGCCGCCAUCUAUCUCUCCCGCGCAGAGCUCCAGCCCGUCCUCUACGAGGGCAUGCUCGCCAACGGCACCGCCGCCGGUGGCCAGCUCACCACCACCACCGAUGUCGAGAACUUCCCCGGAUUUCCCAACGGCAUUGGCGGCGCCGAGCUCAUGGACAACAUGCGCGCACAGUCCGAGCGCUUCGGCACCGAGAUCAUCACCGAGACCAUCUCCAGGCUGGAUCUCUCUUCCCGUCCCUUCAAGAUGUGGACUGAGUGGAACGACGCUGAGGGCAGCGAGCCCGUCCGCACCGCCGACGCCGUGAUCAUCGCCACUGGCGCCAACGCCCGCCGUCUCAACCUGCCCGGCGAGGAGACCUUCUGGCAGAACGGAAUCAGCGCCUGCGCCGUCUGCGACGGUGCCGUGCCAAUUUUCCGUAACAAGCCUUUGUACGUCAUUGGUGGUGGUGACUCCGCCGCUGAGGAGGCUAUGUUCCUCGCCAAGUACGGUAGCAAAGUGACUGUUCUUGUUCGCAAGGACAAGCUGCGUGCCUCCAAGGUUAUGGCUGACCGUCUGCUCGCCCACCCCAAGUGCGAGGUUCGCUUCAACACCGUUGCCACUGAGGUUAUUGGCGAGAGCAAGCCCGGCGGCCUCAUGACCCACCUACGUGUCAAGGACGUUGUCUCUAACAAGGAGGAGAUCGUCGAUGCCAACGGUCUCUUCUACGCUGUUGGCCACGACCCCGCCAACGCUCUGGUCAAGGGCCAGGUCGAGCUCGAUGAUGAGGGCUACAUUGUCACCCAGCCCGGCACCAGCUUCACCAACGUGGAAGGUGUCUUCGCUUGCGGUGAUGUUCAGGACAAGCGUUACCGCCAGGCUAUCACCAGUGCUGGAUCUGGCUGCAUUGCCGCUCUCGAAGCCGAGAAGUAUAUCGCCGAGUCCGAGACUCCCGCCAAUCCCGCCGUCGAGAAGGACGCUCCCGCUGACGCCCCUGCCGAGUACAAGUCCAACCCUCUGCUUUAA